AUGCAGCACAACAUCCUGUUAUUGAGGCUGCAGCAGCUGCUGCUGCUGCUAUGCGUAGCAGCAGCUGCAGCAGCAACAGCAGCAGCAGAGGGACCACAUCUUGCUCCCAUAACCGCGUCCAGCAGCAGCAGCAGCAACACUGAGACUGACAACAGCUCAAGUAUAAUCGACAGCAGCAGCAGCAGCGACAGCAGCAGCAGCAGCAUCAGCAGCAGCAGCAGCAGCAGACUUCAAGAACUGCGUCUGCAUGCAGCAGAUCUAACCGAAGCAUCAGCGCUGCAACUCAAUUUAACAGAAGACGAAAACAAAGUUAUCAACAGCUCAUGUAACGGGAAGCAGAGUUGUAAAUUUUUACCAACAGGGAAAGCAUCUUCUUCUUCUGAUUCAUCAGGAUAUGCUUUUGUCUCUUGUGGGGAGAUUUGCCCAACAUCAGGAAAUCCAAUGAGAGUUCUUGAAGGAACAUUUGAUUGCGUGCAGCAGAGCAACGAGCAGCAAGUCUUCCAAGAAAGUGUCAUUGGAUCUCUUGAGGAAUUCACAGAUAUUACCUGGGACACUCUCCUUG